AUGAGCUCUUACUUUGUAAACUCGUUCUCAGGGCGCUACCCAAAUGGCCCCGACUAUCAGUUACUAAAUUAUGGGACCAGCAGUUCCAUGAACGGUUCUUACAGAGAUUCAAGCACCAUGCAUUCCAGCUCUUAUGGCUACAACUACAAUGGGAUGGACCUUAGCAUCAACCGCUCAGCCUCUUCUAGUCACUUUGGGGCUGUGGGGGAGAGCUCCCGCGGUUUCCCUUCUCCAGCUCAGGAGAGCAGGUUUAGACAGGCGUCUAGCUGCUCCUUAUCUUCUCCCGACUCCCUUCCCUGCUCCAACAGCGAGAGCCAUGGAGGCAAGCCCGCCCCGUCCCCCUCCGACCAAGCUACUUCUGCCAGCACCAACACAAAUUUCACAGAACUAGACGAGACCAGCGCGUCCUCGGGAGCCGACGAGGGCACUCCAAUAAGCAGCAGCAUCCCCCGAGCGCAGGCAGAGCCCAUCGCAACCUCCACCGCAGCAACAGAAGGGCAGGCACCUCAGAUAUUCCCUUGGAUGAGGAAACUUCACAUUAGCCAUGACAUGACUGGACCAGACGGUAAGAGGGCAAGGACAGCGUACACUCGCUACCAGACCCUGGAGUUGGAAAAGGAAUUCCACUUCAAUAGAUAUCUCACCCGCAGGAGGAGAAUAGAGAUCGCUCACGCUCUCUGCCUCUCCGAGAGGCAGAUCAAAAUCUGGUUCCAGAACAGGAGGAUGAAAUGGAAGAAGGAUAAUAAACUGAAAAGCAUGAGCUUAGCCUCUGCGGGCAGCGCCUUUCAGCCAUAA